AUGCCACAACUCGACCCAGCCCCAUGAUUCUUCAUUCUAUUCUCUGCCUGAAUGGUAUUUAUUCUGAUCUCCCCCCUAAAAACCUCUAACUACAUCCACCUAAAUGACCCAUCCCCCAAACCGUUCAAAGGUCUUAAUAAACCAUGACACUGACCAUGACCAUAA